AUGGCAUUCGCCCUCUCCACCUCUCUCGUGCUCCACGGUCUGCGCGACUUUGCCACCGAAGACCUCCUGCAGAAUAGGGACAAGUCUCUCAGCCUCCCUUCUUUGGUGCAGGAAGCGUACAAGGAUCACAAAGGCGGUGAUUCAGCUGUCGAAAUUGGCGAGUUCACCAGUGACUUGGAUGUGCUUCGCAAAGCGCUGUGGGGCGGUGAUGCCCUUAAGCUGACGCUGAGGAUCAUAUAUCGCGUCAUGACCAAGAAUGCUGGGAGGAAGAAGACUCUGGUCUAUUUCUAUCUGCCGAGGUCCGCGCUCUAUCUCUGGAGGAUCCUGAGGUUCAUCGGUGUCAAUGCGAUCCUAUUGACACAAGACCAAGGUGUCAUCGAGCGCGGUGAAAUCAUUCGCAACUGGAACAACUCCAAAGACGGUGCCCAAGUCCUCAUCGCAACAUAUGCUCUGCAGCUGGCAGGUGUAAAUGCACACGAUCAGUGCUGCACCGCGUUCUGUCGCGUGCACCGCUGGGGUGCGAGUGAAGCGCAGAACGUGUACCGGCUGAUCACCAAGAAGACGUACAGCGAGAUCCAUGAAUCGAGGAUGAUGCUCAAAUGUACCGACAUUGCGUCGUGGUGGGGCGCUGAUGCCUUUGGUGGGAAGAUUCCAGACAAAGUGCGAGAGGCCAACAACAAGAAUGGGGUUCAGCAGAGCGAGGCGAACGGAGGCUACCGCACACGAUGGACCACUUUGCUGAGCGACAAUGAGGAUAGUGAACCGACUCUGUCGCCCAAGGACUCCAUCAGCCGCCGCCUCUUCAGAGGCAUUUGUGAUGUGGUACACAUCGUGCGUCAGCAAAAUUAUGCCCUGGGCCCAGAGUGGCCAAUCUUCGCAGUGCACAAUGAGGCGCACCGAUACCUGCUUGAUCUCGCCCUUCAAGAUGACUGGUGGGCCAUGUUGCCCAAGACAGAGGUACUCAAGAUCUUCAGUGCAUACGGGAGAAAGAUCGAUGCCGCCGCCCUAGCCAAAUUGAAGCAGGACAUCGAGAAUGCACGGGAGGUGCCUGAGGCGUCUGACAACGAGACAGCUGAGCGAGUGGAUGUUGGAACCCCGAAGCAGUGGGUCUUCAGAGUCUUCGCGAAAACAUUUGCAUCGAUGAAGCAGGCGGACGACAGCCUACCGUCGAUCGGCAAUUUGUUCACCGCGUAG